CCAAAAACAGCCAUUGAGGCAUUGGCAGAAUCCAAUUUCAGCCUAUUUCCAAAUAUUCAAGCACCGUUAUCAAUUAUGGCAAUUCUACCAGUACCAACGUCAACAGUUGAAAGAAAUUUUUCAACACUGAAAAGAAUUAAAAAUUAUUAG